CGUGAAAAAUGUAUAAAAUACUGCAGGAAUAAUAAACAAUAUUGAUCGCUCAUGAAUAAUAUUGCUUCGGUAAAAAUCGCGCGUUUAAAUAAUGGGUGCAAUUGUAAAUUUUGAAAAAUGUGUAAGAAUAAUAAUUGUUACAAUUGUUUUUUUAAUAAAUAGUGUUGUGAAAUAAUGUAAAAACAUAGUACGCGAAUGUACUUAAUAUCGAGAACGGAUAUAGUGUUAAUCUGAUAAACAUUAUUAUAUAUGUGAAUGAAAACUUGAAUCUUGCCAUAUUAUCAUACGGACAGACAAAUGUUUGCGCAUCUGGUUCUUGUGUUUACAUCUGUUUGCUGCGUGCUCGGCGACAGAUCGUGUUAUUGGAACGCAGAAUGUCCAUAUCAGUUUUAUUCAUCAAAAACCCCAUACGACACCGUCCGUGGAGAUAUAAGAGAUUAUCCUAACCUACCAAAUUGUGAGGCCGUCAGUGUGUGGGCGUUGAACAGACAUGGCAACAGGAAUCCUGGAGAUGGAGUCGUUGACAAUAUGAAGGCGAUUGUGAGACUAAAGGAUGAGAUUAUAGCCAGCUACGAAGUGGGAACUAGUCAGUUAUGCGCCCAGGACAUUGAAGAUCUCCGUCGUUGGUCCUGGAACGAAACUAUCGAGGAAUCGCCAGCAUAUCUGACUGGUACAGGAUAUGAAGAGCUGUAUGAUAUUGGGAAAAGACUCCGGGAGAAGUACCCUCAACUACUGUCAGGGUCCAGUGAUAGUUACUACUUCAGAACUACGAAGGAGCAGAGAACGAUCACCAGCUCCAUUGCUUAUGUGCACGGCUUGACUGAUAACACCAAUUUGAAUCUCUCCAUUGAUGGACCCUGGGAUAGGGAUGAUCUUAUCAGACCAUAUGAGAACUGUGAGAAGUAUCAAGUGGAGACCAAAGAAGGUCCAGAAUUAGAGAAUCAGUUAGCGGCUUACUAUAAAACAGAAGAAUUUACAACAGUUCAGAAUAACGUCCAACAACGUCUUGGCAUUAACACGAAGUUGUCAUCAGAUGAUAUAUACACCUUGUAUGAGAUUUGUCGAUUCUACCGUUCCUGGACACCAACGCUGCAAUCUCCUUGGUGUUCAGUGUUCACCGAUGAUGACUUACUUGUCUUGGAGUAUGAGGACGAUGUGUGGCAUUACUACAGAAAUGGCUACGGAUCUUGGGUUAAUGAGAGAUUGGGCGGUCCAGUAAUAAAGGAUUUGUAUGACAACUUCGAAGCAGUGGUACAAGGUGGAGGCAAGAAGAUCAUCUCUUACUUCACCCACGACACCAUGCUCCAAAUGGCAUUCAGCGCACUGGGCCUUUACAAAGAUGACUUCGUCAUACAAGGAGCAAGAAGAGUGCCUGACAGAAAGUGGAAGACCAGUUUUAUUGCCUCUUUUUCUGUCAACCUCAUAGCUGUUUUGAACAGGUGCAAUGAAGCUGAGGGCCAGUCAUACCGUGUACAGUUUUUCAUUAAUGAAAAAGAGACAGAACUUUGUCCCUUCGAAGGUUGCAAAUGGGAUGAAUUUCAGAGCAAAUUCUCAAAGUACACCUCCAGUUUGGAAUUCUGCAGUCCAGAUUACGUCAACCCAGUACAGCCUUUAACUGACGAUGCAGGAAUUCAUCGUUUAGGUACAAUAACAAUGUUAACAUCACUAUUAAUUAUUUAUCUGUGUAAUGUGAAUGGUUAA